GAUUCGAGGAUCUCAGAAUUUUUUUUUUUCUGAAAUCUCCAGAAAAAAUUCAAACAAGAUGGCGGCCUCUCGGCGGCAGUGGAGCGAAGAAAAGGAGAGUGAACUUAUUUCUUUUUGCGUGGGCAAUUUGUCAUGUGUCAACCCAAAACAGGGAACUUACCUCAUUUAAUGCUUAAAAUACCAACAAGUGUCCAAUUUAAUGUGCACAGGCUGUAAUUUAGUCACUGAAUGUUUUCAGUGAAAUACUAAAAAGACGCGUUCUGUUUAACGUCUGUAGUGGCGUAGGCUGUAGGGCGUAUGGCACGUGAAAGUAGCUUUUGAUGCGAUCAAUUCUGGUUCGAAUCCGCCUUUUGCCAAACUCGCUCUUCUCCCUUUUCCUACAACAAAUCAAAAACGCAAUUAUAUUUAAUAAAAACGAAGAAUAUAUUUGAAAAAUAAAGUGCCUAACAAAUGUUUAUAAUGAAGUAUUUAUUGGGUUGGCAGUAGAUUUGCUUCUCUCUGAUUGUUUGCUGCCAACUGUCCGUUGCCCUAAUUAGUUGCCCUGUGUCUCACCAGGUUGCCCGUUGACGGCAACAUUGCCCGGCAACAUUGUUUAAAAAGUUGCCCCGUGUAUCAUCACCUUAAGGUUCUCCAGCUAGAAGACCAGUGUAAGAUGGACCAGCUAAGACUUUGCUUUAAAUUGGUCAAGAUAUGCUCUAAACCGCUAGUGGUAUGUGAUGUUUUCAGUGGUGAAGUUGCAAAUGCAAUCAAGCCUUUAAUGCAUCACAAAUUGGCAUGGAGCCUAAAUUUCAGUCAGUCACCAUCCGUAUGGCUUCUAUUUUUGUUAAUGGAAUAAGUAGCCUAUAUUGUAUCAGAUCGUCUGCAAUUGACAUGGUAACAAGCAUCUUACUUUGUGGCCUUGUUUCACUCUGAACCCUUCUGCGCACCCGAACAUGUUUGAUGGGCUGCAUUUCUGCGGCUCAUACUAUUACCAGAUGUUCCCUUGUCCAUAAACACAGACACAGAGGUCAGACAUACACACAGAUUUCUCUAGACGCUCCUCACACACCACCCCAUGUGGUGAAUAAAAACAAACUGCUAACACAAAGCCUGGUCUGUUAGUCUGCGGCAGCCUGCUCCUCUUCUCACUUCAAGUACCGGCAUUCUAAACACACCACAAUAAAUAUCUUUUUUUCAGCACCAGGCGUGACUUAACAAAAUAGGGAACAGAUAGUCUUGAGCUUGACUGCGUUCAAUAGAAGACCUUUUAAUAUAGCAAAUGGUAGCAUACAUGUCUGUACAAAAAUAGUGUCUCUGCUCUGUGGGGUUAAUGCCACACUGAAUGCUCUAGACCCAGGGGAUUGAGAAGGGUUUAUGGAGGAAGACGGUGGGUGGUCUAUACGGCAGGAUUCUCUGCUAAAGCAGUGAUCUCCAGGUCUGAGAGUUUGGUGGACUUGAUGUAAACCUGCUGUCUCACUCUAUGAAGGGAUGAGUAUGUGCUGUUUGUGUUCACUGUGUUUUCACCGAGCAGCUGAGUCAGGCUGGACUCGACUAACACCUUCCCAUCACUAUGGGGACAGCCUUUCUCUUAUCUUCUCCUAUAGCAGAUGAUCAUAGUCAGAGCAGGGAAGAUGGUUUUAGUAGUUCGCUAGAAUGAUCGACAUGUAAGUGCGUGUCAUUAAAGAAGCUGUAAGUCCAACUUUUACAGCUUCAUUUUGUCAAAUUAAAUAUGUCAUGGAUUUAGCCCCUCCAUUCCUCUUUAUCUCUUCCUUUCCUCCUCAUUGUUCUCCUCCUAAUAGAUGAGCCCAGUGUUGUCCGCUCCCCACCUUUCAAGUUGGGCCUAUUUUUAGCCCCUCGUGUGCCUGGCUGAGGGGAUGCGUGAAAGUGGGGACUGUGUGUGUUUGCUGAUUCUGGCAGUGACAGAAUGAAAGGAGACUGACGGGGUGCUAUGGUUUUAAUAUUACCAUGGUGACAGGGAACAGAAACUGAUAACUAUGAUAUAAAUAGUUUGUGUUAGGGAAACUCCUAAAGUUCAGUAAAUCUGUGUGGCCGACCAGACUGGCACAGAUCAUAUCAUGAUAACCUUAGUAUUUUGACUGCCCGCAUGCGUCGAUGCUGGCUACGUGCCAGUCUCUGAUGUCACCAUCUUUCCUAAUUCAUCUGAUAACAUGGUGAUACAUGAAACAAAUACACAAGAAAAAUUAGCAUGUAGGAUGCAACUGACUUCCUAACGUUUAUCGAAGAACUUUUAAAGUGUUACGUAAAUUGGAGCCACAACGCUGCAUAAAAUGGGCAUAAUUUCACGCUGAUGAUAUGAAUAGUUUCAGUUGAUCUAGUAAGAAAUUUAUUUCUUUGACUUUGGAAAUGGAUACAUUCUGACCUUCUGCUGUUUUUUUGCAUGUGUCCGCAUAGGCGGGAGAAAGAGCGAGUGCGUGGGAGGCAUGUUGUAUUGGAAUUGUGAUGGGAAUAAAAGGAAAAGGAAGGACAGAGCAAGUAAUAUGAGUUUUACAUUAGAAAGAGUGUUGUUAAGGGAAUCUAAAAAUCUGAAGGCAAUGCUUUUUUUGGACAGUAUUUGUGAGAGAUUGAGUGGUGGGUACGAGCGGGGUGAAGGAGUGUAUGGAUUGACAAGGGAAGGGGAUGCCUCUCUCUGCUCAUGCUUCGACAUCUGCUCACAGGCUAGAGCCAAGGGUGGGAGGAGUUUGAGUGCUCCUGCUGCAGCGGAGAGAGGGAGGGAGAGAGGGAAGGAAAGAGCGGGGAUGCAUCAGUGCCACAGAAGAGAGGGAGAGAGACUGCUUUCUGCAUCACACCACUCUAUCCUUCAUUUACAUUCCAGACGCUGGCUCCUCUCUGGAGAGCCCCUUCUCCGUUUGAAAUGCCAAUCAUCACUUGCUGUUUCUUCAUCCUGGAUCACACAUACUUCCUCCACAUUGAUGUGAGGGAGCUGGGAGCCUGGCACAUGCUGAAGAGAUUCCCCGCUGUUCUUUCGAUUGACAACUGACGACUGAAGUUUCUGCAAAGGCAUCACUCUGGAUUGCGUCCUUUUUGGGAUUUAUAGGAAUAAACAAUUUGACUACGUUCUUGUGAGGAAUCUCCAGUGCUGUUUCACUGUGCGUGAUCCUCCGGACUAAUAACUGUUUGAGAGCGACUGGGACUUCUGUGAUCAGAGUGGCAAGGACUCUGCUUCCUCUGCUUUUUUCCUUGUGCACGUCCUGUGCCGGCAGCUGCCUACCCUGCUCAGGCGCAGCUGUGCUUCUCCCCGGAAAGGUGGGGGACUGAUAAAAGAGGAGGGUUUAUUUGUCUUGUACUGCUGGGGUUUUAUCCAGAAUUUAAGCUAGACUCACCACCUGCCCCCACAAUAGUCACUGUAUUAUCCAGUGUGUUUUACAAGUGACUCUCCCCAGGAUCCUGUCCCUGCAUGCGCAUGUGUUAGUGAAAGGAUUGGUGCGGACACUGAGGACUAGCGGCUCAUGUUGCUAAUAUGGAAGGCACCUGGCAUGGACACCUCCCCCAACAGGGACAGCCGAACUGUGGGCAGUCUUUGCUGAGCUAGGCCCCCAAGGAACUAGCACCCCAAUUGUGCGCCCAAGCGCACCCUGAACAAGAUGAACGCCACUGAGUUGAACCAUAGCACAGAACCCUUCUGCCUGCUGGACAUUGGCUACUCCCAGAUCUUUAACACCUGCCUGCUGGAAGUAGCUGUUAUUUUCUUCUUGACAGUGCUCAUCAUCUCUGGGAACCUGGUGGUUAUAUUUGUGUUCCACUGUGCCCCGCUACUCAGCCACCAUACCACUAGCUCCUUUAUACAGACUAUGGCAUACGCAGACUUCCUGGUUGGGGUCAGCUGUCUUAUCCCCUCUCUGUCUCUUCUGCACCAUCUGGAGGGUUUGAACGAGAAACUCACCUGCAUGGUCUUUAGCUACAUGGUCUGCGUGUUGAAGAGUGUCUCCAUGGCCUCUCUGGCAUGCGUUAGUAUUGACCGUUAUGUUGCCAUCACCCGACCUCUUUCCUACACAGCUCUGGUCACACCCUGCCGUCUUCGCACUUGCAUUACACUUAUUUGGCUGUAUUCAGCACUCAUCUUUUUGCCGACUUUUUUUGAUUGGGGCAAGCCGGGAUACCAUGGUGAUGUAUUUAAUUGGUGCUCCUCUUGGGACACCCAGCCCCUUUUUACCGCCUUUAUUGUUGCGGCCCUCUACGCACCAGCUGCUUUUACUGUUUGUUUCACUUAUGCCCAUAUCUUUCGGAUCUGUCGGCAGCACACUCGGCAGAUCAGUGAGCGGAGAGCUCGCUUUGGCCCACAGGAUCCUGAGACGGGUGAGCAAGCUUGCACGGACAAACGCUACGCCACCGUGCUCUUCCGUAUCACCAGUGUGUUCUACCUGCUUUGGCUACCCUACAUUAUUUAUUUUUUACUGGAGAGCGCAGGGAUAUACCACCAUGCCAUUGUCUCAUUCCUGACCACAUGGCUGGCCAUUAGCAAUAGUUUUUGCAACUGUCUCAUUUACAGCCUGUCUAACAGCGCCUUCCGCAAAGGCCUCAAGCGCCUCUGCCUGCUUUGUCUGCAACGUACCGACACCAAGAAGCCUCUAGGAGAUCCACCAGCACCUCCGCGCCCUGCAUGCCAUGUGUAACACCAUCUUUUUGCAAGAUAGUGAGCUUUAUAUUGAUGGCAAGGGUCUUGUCUGUUAAGUGGGUGCUGAAGAUUGGUUUAGUCAUCUGAGCACUAUCCCAGUUCGGUCCCGGUGUUCUGAAUGAGGCUAGAUGACAAAGGUCUGUUUGCCUUUAUGUAUAGUUGCAGGAUUACCUGGUAGGAAGAAACGGACCUUUGACCUUGGUCAUGAGAGAUGAAGUGCACAACUAUGUGAGAGUGGGCUAUUCUCAUUGGUGUUUUCAGAUAUACCAUUCUCAGCAGUUUUUGCUACAAUGAUUAAUUAAGCAACGAGGAAAGGAGAUAAAUAUUAUUCUGUGAGACAGAAUUGUGAUUGUGAAGUCUUGCAUUAAAUAUUGUCUGUAUGCAAAAAACAUCAUUUUAAUUUAUGACAGUAAUGCAAAGAUGGAGUUGCGCUCAGCAAAUGUCUUCUUAAAAGAAGACCAGCUCGUGUCUUUUACAGACUUCAGCUAGCUGAUCUUUUAGACUUUGUGGUGAAUUUACCAGCCUUUGUGGACUUUUAGUUCUGCUCAUGUUGUCAGCAUAGUGAGAACAAAUGGUCUCUGUUUCUCCAGUUAACAUGCUCACAUUUGUUUAAAUGUAGGAAGAAGGAUCUCUGCUAGACUGAUGUAAAAUCUGAAAUAUUAGACUAGAUGUUAAUAUUAUCUUCUGGACAGAGACUCUGCAAAGAUUAAAAGCAUUUCCAAGAGCUGACCUGGUUUCAGACUCAUAAUCUUAGUUAUGUUUUUACUAGUAAUGUCCAAUUCUUGCCUCAUAAUUUCAGAGGAUAAUCUGAUCACUACCCUGCUCUCAGCUGAGGAAUGUGUUUGAUAGAUCGGCAGUGUUUCUUGUCUAUGAAUCAGCGAUAAGUCUUGACCUUCAGCAAUCACAAUUGGAAUUUUUUUUUAAAGCCCUUUUCCCAAAGAGCAGAAUUCUACUCUAGCCCCUAAGCAAUGCCACAAUUACAUGGUCUUCCCAUUUUCUGCUUAUUUAAAGCCAUGAAGGGAUUACAUAACCACGCCUCCAGUCAGAGGACAUCAUCCUUAAAAAACGCAGUAAUACAACAGCAAACAGACGGCACAUUCUGACUCCUUUCUAACCCUUGAUCACACUGGAGAUGAACUUCCUUGCUGAAACAAACAUUCUUUCACCCCAGCAUCAAUAGGAUCCUGCAAGUCAUUCUGAAAGAUCUAUUUAACUACUUGGAGUAUUUUAUCUGAUUCAAAUUGGAUUUCAAUUUGAUUUUAAUGUCUGCUGGACAGAAUGACUCUUGGACUCUUGGAAUCUUGGACUCUUGGACUCUUAGAAGUUUCAAUCCUGUACAACUCUCUUGCCAUGCUUGGUUUUCUUCCAUGGGUUACAAUGUGUACAGACGCACAGUCACCCUUAAAAUAUUGCAUAAUGCAGUUAGGCACAACACAGAAUCACAUGACCGUAACAGAUGUUGCUUAAUUCUGCAUUUGAGCCCUUAAGAUGAACAACGCCGCAGUGGUGAAGGUUGCUGAUGUGGGCAAGAACCAAAAAGCUUGUUGUGUUUAACUCAAGGUGUAUUAGGACACUUGGAUAAAAUGGAGGUCAGAAGAAAACCUACUAAAACAGUGAUAUCUGGAUGCAGAGGUCAAAGUAUUAUGACAAAUGUUUCUGGAGAGUCCUGCAUAUAUAUACACACACACACACACACACACACACACACACACACACACACACACACACACACAAAAAAAAAAGCGGAACAAUAAUAAACUGCAUCUUACAGCACUGUACUGUUUAUCUUUAUGACACACUUAAGAAGCCUCAUACACAGAUUCUGUACAUAAUUCAUAUGUGGAGGUGCCAAGAAAAUAGAGGGCAUUGAAAAUCAUGCCCUUUGUCAUUUUUUUCAUGCUGUGACUAUGAUCAUAAAUUCACUCAUUUGGAUGGUACUGUUAAAAAUACUUUCUUAUGCGGAUAGCUUUGUCCUUAUAGCUGACCAAAGUAACAAUAUUUAUUGAUGUUCUCUGAUGGAAUUGUUUUUUUUAUAUAUAUAUAUAUAUAUAUAUAUAUAUAUAUAUAUAUAUAUAUAUAUAUAUAUAUUACAGGAACCACAAAAUGUAAUAAGAUUGAAAUUACAUUUUGAAUGGAUUGAUUAUUUGUAGUAUGUAAGGCAUUUAUUAUAAAAAAAAAAAAAAAAAACAGUCUGCAUUCCUCUUUGUAUUUAAUCUAAAAGUAUUUAUGAACUUUACCUUCUCUUAAAUUGUUUUAAGAGAAUUUUUUUUCCAUUGGAGAGGGUUAUAUAUUGUAGCAUAUUCCCCAAAUACUUUUUGUAUGAUAGCAUGGGAAAAAUGCUCUAAUUUUAUCACCAAAACCAGUAGUUUGACUGUCAGAAAUGGAUCUAGUUAUUAUGCCACGUCACUUCAGUUAAUGACUGAAUUGCCUAAAGACUUGCUUUUAUAACUGUAAUACUGUGACGUGAAGAAGUGUCUUAUGACUGUCUUUUUAAGCGUUUGGUCAAGCUUUUGAGAGGUGAUGUGUAAGGUCUGAACUGCCAUGUCAUGGCAGGGUGAUGUGCAAUACUUCCACUCACUAGAGAGUGAUAGAAAACAUAUCACACAUAAUAGAAAAAGGGCUUUUUUCCCAGCUUGUUUGUUUAAAUGUAGAUGUUGAUCUUGUGGCCUCUGGCCAUGUGCUGUUUUUGAUCCAGAGCUGAAAGAAUUUGUGUAUCUCAGUUCAGCCAUUUACCCAUCCAUCGCUUUAUUGAUUGCACAUGACCAUGUGUGUGCGCACACGUGCAUGGAUGUGUAUGUGCUUUAAACAGAACAAAGGUUCAUGUCUAUUCCAGGGACUUGUUUUUAGCAUUCGUCUUGAUUGCUUUUAGGACUUUUUAAUGUCCCUGGACCUCUGGACUCACCCAGGACUGCUUCCUCCCUCUUGUCUUAAGAAAACAGUCCCUGUAUUCACCUAAAGGAAUCAAAUUAAAUUUAAUGGCCAUGCUUGAGAAGCUGCCUACAAAACAGUUGCUUGUUUAUAAACCAUUUGGAUCGGUUGAAUUUUGAGAAACCAUCCAUUUGUUGCUAUAAUUCAGACUGAUUCUGAUGUCUUUCUCAUUGGUCACCAGUUAAUUCUUUCUAUGAAAAUAAAAUCAAAAUUGGAUUGGAUGCAUAAACUGCUGAGAAAAUCCAGAUCUUGAAGCAUGUGUAUCUGUUAAUUUUCAAAUGCUGUAGAUAUUGUCUUCUGAGGUUGUUUGUACAUACCUCUUUGUGUCUGAAGGAUAUUGUAAGUGGGAUUGUAUAUUGAUUUUAUGUACUACAAAUGGAAAUGUGUGUUUUGAAAUGGAAUGGAUUUUGAUGCUCUAAUGCUGCCCAAACAGGUGUCAGCAUUGCAUGUUUUGCUUUAUAAAGAUGAUGGUACUUCUGUCAUGGGUAAAAGUUGGAGAAAGGAUUUUAACUUUUGGGACAUUUUGAUGCCAGAGAGUGCUUUUUUGUUGUUUGUUUUUUGUUCUCCUUAUGAUGCCAAAGUAUUCUUUUUUUUUUUUUCUUUCCUGUGGGAAAACUGCUCUGUUCUUGAAAUCAAAGUCAAGGGCUAGUGCUCUCAAGGGAGAAAAUCUCCCAAUAUGACUUGCUUUCCGCUGUGCCAUAUUAGGACGCAGGACCCAACCGGCCCCUGCCAUCGCAGAAAAUGGAGGGCUGAGCUUGGAACAGUGUGUGUUCUCUCCCUGAGGAACACACUUUUUCGUGCACACAAACACACACACCCACACACCCCUCCUUAACCUCAUCUUGAUUGUGCUAGGCAUCUUUAUUGAGUUUAUACAUGUAUGUUUUAACAAUCAAUUAAAUUGCUGAGCCAGGCUCCUUAAUGAAUUGCUCAUGAUCUUGCCCUCCUAAGCGGGUCUGAUUUUUAUUUGAUUAACUGGAGAGAAUUGUUUUUCGCCUUUCAACUUAAAGCAUUCCAAAUUGUAUUUCAUUUCUUAUCGUGAGUGAACACUUUGCGCAAGAGGAUAUGAAAGCACUGCAAAGUCUUUGUGAUUAACAACAUUUUGAACUGAAGUUGCUUGGCUAAAAGAAAACUUGAUCUGCUUCUCCGUAUUUUCGUCAGCAUAUCAACAAAUUGUCUGGUGUGUGUAGGGCUGUAACUGAGGUACUGGUGUAGUGUACCACAAAUUUUGUAAUGAUGUCAUGUUUUAGAAAAUAAUUGUCAAUAAUAUAUUUAUAUUCUGGUAUAUCUGCACUGAGGAAAUAAAUGUGAUCUUAUCCUA